AAGUGCCGAAAUAUUCAUUUUUUUAUUUUCCUUUAUAUAUAAAAUGUGGAUCACCGAGUAUGUAUGAUCAGUGUUGACAUGCGCAGAAUGACAAAAACUUGUCGAAUAAUGGAUAUGAUCUUGUGCUAAACGAAUUCUGGUUGCCAUUUUUUAAAUGAAAUAAAUACCAGAACAUUUUCAUGAUCGACAUCUUCUACGGGAUGAAAGUGUAUACCAUUUUUUGUGAAAGAUACAUCUGUAAUCUACAUUUGUAGUGCGUGAUGAUUUAUUACUAUAGAGUGAAUAGAUGCUGUUAAUUCCUCUUAAUUGAUAUUUCAUUAUUCAUAAAACGAGAAGUACAUAGAACCAAUUAUUUGGUUAGGAGAACAUGUUUCCAGCGUACGCCUACUUGUCAGCGUAUGACAGGCAUAAGAAACUUAUAAAUGAUUAUUUGACGUUACAUGAUGAUUCAAUAUCAUCCUUAAAGCGCGACACGUCCCGAGAUAAGACGGACUAUGACGUUAUUAGAGAAAACCACAAAUUUCUAUGGGAUCAGGACAAUGAUGAACCAGAUACAUGGGGUGCCAAGCUGGCAAAAAAGUAUUAUGAUAAAUUAUUUAAAGAGUAUUGUAUAGCCGAUCUAACAUAUUAUAAACAAAACAAGGUUGCUUUAAGAUGGAGAACAGAAAAGGAGGUUAUCGUUGGAAAAGGACAGUUUGAAUGUGGAAAUAAAAAAUGUAAUGAGAAAGAAGAACUUAAAUCUUGGGAAGUAAAUUUUGGUUACAUAGAACAUGACCAGAAAAAAAAUGCUCUUGUCAAGUUAAGACUAUGUCCCAAGUGUUCAAUAAAAUUAAAUUAUCGUUCACAAAAACAUGAAGCAAAAAGACAUAAGGCAUUGAAAAGAUUAGGAACAAAUUCUGACGUUCAGAAUACUGCAUCUGAUAUGCCUAGUACAUCUGUGGAGAAUGUUAAAACUGAGGACAAAGCUGCAGAUAAAAUAACUGAACCUGUGGAAGAAAUGAAUAAAAAUGAAUCUAAUAUUUGGAAAGAGAAACCAGCUGAUAAUUUGGAAAAAACACGGGAGGAGGAGUUUGAAGAAUAUUUAGCAGAUUUGCUAAUGUAAAAGGAAUAAAAUUGUUUUUACAAAUCAAUAUAAUAUCAAAAAAUUAUUUAUUGCUGAUACCAUUGAAGAAAUAUAACAAUUUCUAUACAGAACACUAGUCAUAUUUAAAUAAAUGUAAUUAUAAUGAUCACAACUUUAUUUUGAUUGAUACAUAGUUA